UAGUUAGUGUAAAUAGUGUUAUCACUUCAAUUUUAGAGUCUUUUCAAAAUAUGUGAGCAGUAUUACCAAAGUGGUUUAUUAACAGGUGUCCGCCAUGAUGUACUCCAUUCCGCUGCUUUCUUCCCGCCCAAAGCCGAGGCUGCAGCAGGGAGGAGCUAAACAGAGUGCGGCUGAGCCGAGCCGAGCAUCACAACUCGCGUUGGAGGAAACGGGCAAACACAGCACUUUUUUGACUUCCCUCUGUGCCCUGGCGUCCGUACAAAACAUGUCUGCUGGGGGAAAUUGACGUACUGGAUUUGGGCUUUCGUCAAAACGGCUCGCCUUUUUGAGAGCUCUGCCAUCGCCGAGCAGGCAGAAGGGGAGAACAGCUCGAUUGUUUCCUGCGCCAAGAACUGUAAAGACAUUGUCAUUACACCACCACCGCAUCUGUGAUGAUGAGCCAUCAGCAAGUAACCACCUAAUCUGCAGAGUUUCCUGCUUUCUACAAUGUCCCACUCCCAACACCCCCAGCGAGGCGCCCACGGCCGCGCCCUGAGCUCUGAGGAGAGGAGCUAUGUGACGGUUAACAAGAUCUCCACGCCGGUUCACAAGAGUGCAUCCUCCUCUUCCUCGUCCCAGCGAGACAGCCGGCAGGAAGCAGACAGCUGGGAAAUCAUCGAGGGGCUGAAAAUCGGUCAGAGCAAUGUCCAGAGACCAGAUAAACAUGAGGGGUUUAUGCUGAAGAAGCGGAAAUGGCCCCUCAAAGGCUGGCACAAGCGAUUUUUUGUUCUGGACAAUGGUAUCCUGAAGUACUCCAAGUCUCCCAUUGAUAUCCAGAAAGGCAAACUGCACGGCAGCAUCGACGUCGGCCUCUCAGUGAUGUCCAUCAAAAAGAAGGCCCGUCGUAUUGACCUGGACACAGAGGAGCAUAUCUAUCACCUCAAGGUCAAAUCCCAAGAGGUCUUCGACGCUUGGGUGUCCAAGUUGCGACAUCACCGCCUCUACCGACAGAACGAGAUUGUGCGAUCGCCUCGCGAUGCCUCCAUGCGGACUUUUCCUCCAUCGGCUGCUGCAGAGUCCCCCCAGGCUGCUUCAAGUGUCGCACAUGAAGCUAAGCAGGCUAAACCCAGUGGUUUGCUAUGGCAAGCAUCCGUCCCCACCAACAGCAGCCUGCCUGGCUCCUACAGUAACGGUCAAAGCAAAGUGGCUGCCUGGUUGCAGGAAUCUGAGGAGAUGGACAAAUGUGCAGAAGAUCUUGCACGUUGCCAGUCCAACCUGUGUGAACUGAGUGGCUUAUUGCAGAGUCUGGAGAUUCUACAAAGGACACAGUCAGCUCCCAACUUUGCAGAUAUGCAGACCGCGUGUGUAGAAUUGUCAAAGAAAGAGAAGCGCUUGAACAGAAGAUGGAGGACAAAAAGUGUCGGCAAAGAUGCAAAAUUCCAGCUUCAGGUCCCGCUUUCAUCCAGCAUGUCUCCCGUCCGCCUCCACUCAUCCAACCCUAACCUCUGUGCCGAGUUGGGGGACUUUCAAGCUCCGGUCUCGCGGCUGACAGACACCGUGGAGUGUAGCAGUGACUACACUAAACUGCAGGAGGAAUUCUGCACCAUUGCCCAAAAAGUCCACACUCUGCUCAAGUCGGCCUUCAACACUGUGGCCAUCGAGAAAGAAAAGAUCAAGCAGAUUCUGUCCGACCAGGACCAGUCUGACCAAUCAGCGCAGAUCAACUCCCUCAGGAAGUCUCUGUCACAGGCCCUGUCCCAAAACGUUGAACUUCGAACCCGGCUGAAUCGCAUUCACUCAGAGUCUGUCUUGACGGAACAAGUCGUCAGUGUAAAUAUCAUCUCUACACCUGACGAGCAGGUCGGAGAACAGAUGGUGAUCCCUCUGACUCAGCAGGCCUCCAAUGAGAGCCGACUCUCCAUGUCGGAGUCUGUUUCCGAGUUCUUUGAUGCCCAGGAAGUGCUCCUGUCAGCUAGCUCAUCGGAGAAUGAGGGCUCGGACGAUGAGUCGUACGUCAGCGAUGUGAGUGAUAACAUCUCAGAGGACAACGCCAGCGUGACCGAUAACGUCUCCAGACAAAUGGCCAAUGGAGACUUUGCUGGCUGUGCCUUCCGGAACGGGCGGCGCACCUGUCUGCCGGCGCCCUGCCCCGACACCAGCAACAUCAACCUGUGGAAUAUCUUGCGGAACAACAUUGGUAAAGACCUGUCCAAAGUGUCCAUGCCAGUGGAGCUCAACGAGCCUCUCAACGCGCUGCAGCGUAUGUGCGAAGAACUGGAGUACAGCGAGCUGCUGGAUAAAGCUGCUGAAACGGAGGACUCUUUUGAACGCAUGGUUCUGGUCGCUGCCUUUGCUGUCUCAGGCUACUCGUCUACCUACUACCGAGCAGGAAGUAAGCCAUUCAACCCGCUUCUUGGAGAGACGUACGAAUGUAUCAGAGAAGACAAGGGCUUCUGCUUUUUCUCAGAACAGGUGAGCCACCACCCGCCUAUCUCUGCCUGUCACUGCGAGUCCAAGAACUUCACCUUCUGGCAAGAUGUGAGAUGGAAAAACAAGUUCUGGGGGAAAUCAAUGGAGAUUUUGCCGGUCGGGACAGUGAGCCUCAUGAUUCCCAGGUUUGGAGAUCACUACGAAUGGAACAAAGUCACCACGUGCGUUCACAACAUCCUGAGUGGACGGCGGUGGAUCGAACACUACGGCGAGAUCACCAUCCGUAACACAAAAAGCAGCGCCUGCCUCUGCAAGCUCACGUUCAUCAAGGGAAACUACUGGAGUUCUAACGUGAACGAGAUCCAAGGAUUUGUAAUGGACCAAGAAGGGAAAGUCAUCCAUAGGCUUUUUGGGAAAUGGCAUGAGGGUCUUUACUGCGGCGUUCCGCCUUCUGCCAAAUGUAUUUGGAGACCAGGCUCCAUGCCCACAGAUUAUGAGCUGUACUAUGGCUUCACCAGAUUCGCCACUGAACUAAAUGAGCUGUGUCCCGAGUUAAAAGACGUCCUGCCGCGUACUGACGCACGAUUCAGGCCCGAUCAAAGGCAUCUAGAGGAAGGAAACUUGGAGAUGGCUGCCUCGGAGAAGCAGCGCAUUGAAGACAUGCAGAGGACCAGGAGGAAGUGGAACGAGGAGAACAACGUCAAACAUGAGCCUUGCUUCUUCAAGAAGGUGGUCGAUGCCAAUCACAGGGAACGAUGGGUGUCCAACAACAUGUACUGGGAGCUCCGAAAAAACCCCGGCUUUAUCAACAUGGAGCGUACCGUCAGCCUGUGGUAGCCACACGGCCCUUCACCCUUCAUAUUUACCUCUGCACGGUAAAACAUGCCAAGAGAAACGCACGUACACUGGACCCCACCCGCUGAGGUCGUGGAACGCCGGUCGAGGAUCACAUCUUCAUCGUGCUUGUGGAAAUCAGAUUGUCAGGGGCAACUAAAGGUGCAAUUCCCGUGUAGAUCUUUCCUCAGCUACGUUCAUCAUGACUCCUGAGUCGGUCCUUUGCCUUAAACGGACGCUCGUAAUUAGCUGAAGUUUGAUUUCUGACAUCUUGUCGACAAUAGCAUGCAUGUUUAGAGCUCUCACUGGCAUCCUGCCAUAAUUAAUAUAUCAUUCAUGUUGUAGAGAAAAAAAUAGGUAUUUUUAUAAAAUAUCUUUCAUUUAUUUUUGCCUUUUAAUACAGUCUGUCACAAACGGAACAACGUGUAAGACUCUGUCGUGACAGAGACAUGAGAAAGGGUCCACGGGUCCCAUUCUGGCUCACACUGACAAACAAAACCACGUUAUCUCAUUUUAACAGCUACUGUGUCCGUAUAUCCUGUAUACUGUGGGCUGACACGGCAGGGAAACCCACUCCAGCAACGGAACAAACAGCAAAGUCAAAUAAAUACGGUAAGAGCAACUACAGUGGAUCCCCGCAUAUUCGCAAAAUCAAGAUUUUGGAGCCCAAAGUAAUGGCCCAAAGUUCCCAAAUUGAUAUCCCUUUACAUCAAAUUUGGUGUAAUUAUCGUUGUAGUUGCACAUUGAAUCGUUUACCACAAAGAUAUUUCCCCUACUUACUUAUAUCCAUCUGCGAUUAAAUGUGAUUAAUUGUGAGUUAACUGUGGACAAUGUGAUUAAUCACAAUCAAAUCUUUUAAUCGAUUGACAGCCCUUAUAUAAUAUUAUAUAUAUAAAAUUAUAUAUAUAAUAUAUAUAUUAUAUAUAUAUUAUCGCGAUCAAAUCUUUUAAUCGAUUGACAGCCCUUAUAU